CGUCCCAGGACUCGUUGCGCGGCCCGGGCCGGAAGUCGGCGAGUUCCCGGGUGUGUGUCUGUGUCUGUCUGUGUCUCGAAGCGGCACGCGGCCCGGGACAAACGCUGGGGAAUUCCACCUGAGGCGUCGCCGCUGUCACUACCAUCACCCACGGAGCCACUACUAGAGGGGAGUAGACCCGGCCCUUCGCCGGGCAGAGAAGAUGUUACCCCUGUCCAUCAAGGACGAUGAAUACAAACCACCCAAGUUCAAUCUGUUCGGCAAGAUUUCGGGCUGGUUUAGGUCUAUCCUGUCGGACAAGACGUCCCGGAACCUGUUUUUCUUCCUGUGCCUGAACCUUUCUUUCGCUUUUGUUGAACUACUCUACGGCAUCUGGAGCAACUGCUUAGGCUUGAUUUCCGACUCUUUUCACAUGUUUUUCGAUAGCACUGCCAUUUUGGCUGGAUUGGCAGCAUCUGUUAUUUCCAAAUGGAGAGAUAAUGAUGCUUUCUCUUAUGGGUAUGUUAGAGCGGAAGUUCUGGCUGGCUUUGUCAAUGGCCUGUUUUUGAUCUUCACUGCUUUUUUUAUUUUCUCAGAAGGAGUUGAGAGAGCAUUAGCCCCUCCAGAUGUACACCAUGAGAGACUGCUUCUUGUUUCGAUUCUUGGGUUUGUGGUAAACCUAAUAGGAAUAUUUGUUUUCAAGCAUGGAGGUCAUGGACAUUCUCAUGGCUCUGGCCAUGGACACAGUCAUUCCCUUUUUAAUGGUGUUCUGGAUCAGGCACAUGGCCAUGGAGAUCAUUGCCAUAGUCAUGAUUUGAAACAUGGUGCUUCACAUAGCCAUGAUCAUGCUCAUGGACAUGGACACUUUCAUUCUCAUGAUGGUCCCUCUUUAAAAGAAACAACAGGACCCAGCAGACAGAUUUUACAAGGUGUAUUUUUACACAUUCUGGCGGAUACACUUGGGAGUAUUGGUGUAAUUGCCUCUGCCAUCAUGAUGCAAAAUUUUGGUCUGAUGAUAGCAGAUCCUAUCUGUUCAAUCCUGAUAGCCAUGCUUAUAGUUGUAAGCGUUAUUCCUCUUUUAAGAGAAUCUGUUGGCAUAUUAAUGCAGAGAACCCCUCCAGUGUUGGAAAAUACUCUGCCUCAGUGCUAUCAGAGGGUGCAGCAGUUACAAGGAGUUUACAGUUUACAAGAACAGCACUUCUGGACCUUAUGUUCUGAUGUUUACGUUGGGACCUUGAAAUUAGUAGUAGCACCUGAUGCUGAUGCCAGGUGGAUUUUAAGCCAAACACAUAACAUUUUUACUCAGGCUGGAGUGAGACAGCUUUAUGUACAGAUUGACUUUGCGGCCAUGUAAUGAAUGAAAAGAAAUUGUCCUUUUGGGGGACCCAAUAUUUCUGGUACUGUACAAUCCAAAACACUGUACCUAGCUUUUUAAGACGGAAAUCGUCACUACAAAUCCCCAGCUCCAAGUACACCAGGUAGCGUCAGCCUUUUGUGCUCUGCCAGGACUUCACAGCUGAGGGAUCAGAGUUAAGAGGGUCCCUCCUGGACUGUUGGUCUUGUCUUUUGUGCUCUUCCCUCCAAACCAUUUUGAUUUCUGAGGUUUCUAGUUUUGUUCCAGGAUGUUAGUUUUUGUUUCCUUUCCUUUCUUUUUCCAUUUCACAAAUGCCCUCACUCCCAGUUCUCCUCUAGCCAGUAAGAAUUCGGACUAUGGGCCUCCAGGCAUCUGAAUGUCUUCGCUGAAGCUGAUGGAAGCCACUGCUUCCUUUCCACAAAACAAAUGUUACU